UUCACGCGCGGGAAGCCCACCACUCACAGCGUGCCGGUACCCUGUGUCAUCGGCGGCAGUGCGCCAUAAUAGCGAGGACGUGGCGUAUCAUGAGGGGUAAUUAAUGAGGCUCGGUAAUGAGGCUCUCUCAAACGACCCUUCAACUGAGACAAUCAUGAAAAAAAUUUUGGGCGCUUGCCUUGAUGGCAUCUCGUCGCCAAGUACCUAGGUAGCGAGGGCUAGAUGAUAAAUAUCUCGACCAUGGCGCACAACGGAAGAUACUAUUAACAAUCUCCCCAACCCACUCUGCCUCCUGCCUCCUGCCUCUCAAGACAGCACGAUCACGCCCACAUCAGCACCCGACAUAGCGAGAUAUUAAUAAUUUGCUUCAACACAAUGGCCGAUCCCCUGACCGUGAUAGGCGGCAUAGCGGCCGUCGUCCAGCUCGCCCAGGCCGGGAGAGACUUUUUCAAGGUCCUCCGCCAGUUCGCUCGCGACGCAGGCGGUGCCGCCCCCGCCGUCAAGCGUUUCGCAGGCCAAGUCCGAGCCUUCUCAGGCGCCAUCGAAGUUGCCGAACGGACCUUGGCUUGCUACUGUAUGGAGAACCCCGAGUCUCCACUGGUGGCUUACAUCCGACGCCACAAGGUGCUCCAAGAUGUCGACAGCGAAGCAAAGUCCGUCCAGGCCCAUCUCUUCAUUCUCCGGGACAAGGUCUCCAACAUGCAUACCAUGCCGUUGAUACUGGCGAGCAUUCAAUGGAUGUUUAAGAAGGCGGAGAUCCUGCAACUGAUUCCGGAGAUGGAGACUGUCAAGACGACGUUGGACUUGUUGAUAACCACUUCGCUGCUCGAGUCCAUGAAUCGAAAGCUCGACAGCGCCUUAGACACCAAUCAAGAACUUCGGAAGCAAAUGUGAGUCCCACUGGAUCCGCCGUGUCUG